CGGACGAGUCAGCGAGGAAGCUGCCUGCUUUCAGAUAGAGAGAGUUAUUAAGAUGGCGUUGCUUCGGCUGCUUGCCAUCUCCCUGCUCUUCGCAGUGGCCACUCCUGUCAGGGACAUCGCCCACGAUGCCUGCUCGUCAGAAGUGAAGGAUUUCCAGCACCUGAACAACAGCUCGGGGCUCCACCUGACGCUGCACCACCCGCAGAGCCCCUGCUCCCCGGCGCCGCUGCCCGCCGACCUCCCCUUCUCCGCGGUGCUCGCCCACGACGGCGCGCGCGUCGCGUCGCUCGCCGCACGCCUCGCCAAGACGCCGUCCUCUCGGCCCACCUUGCUUGACGAGAGCCGCGCGGGGUCGUCGUCGUCGUCGUCCCCCGAUGACGAGUCGUCCCUCGCGUCCGUGCCGCUCGGCCCGGGCACGUCCGUCGGCGUGGGCAACUACGUCACCCGCAUGGGCCUCGGCACGCCAGCCAAGUCGUACGUCAUGGUCGUGGACACGGGGUCCUCGCUCACCUGGCUCCAGUGCUCCCCCUGCGUCGUGUCGUGCCACCGCCAGUCCGGGCCGGUGUUCAACCCCAAGGCGUCCAGCUCCUACACCUCCGUGUCCUGCUCCGCGCAGCAGUGCAGCGACCUCACCACCGCCACGCUCAACCCCGCCUCCUGCUCCACAUCCAACGUCUGCAUCUACCAGGCCAGCUACGGCGACAGCUCCUUCUCGGUCGGGUAUCUGAGCAAGGACACCGUGUCGUUCGGCUCGACCAGCGUUCCCAACUUCUACUACGGCUGCGGACAAGACAACGAGGGCCUCUUCGGGCAGUCGGCGGGGCUCAUCGGCCUGGCGCGUAACAAGCUGUCGCUGCUGUACCAGCUGGCGCCGAGCAUGGGCUACUCCUUCUCCUACUGCCUCCCGACGUCGUCGUCGUCGUCCUCGGGGUACCUGUCCAUCGGCUCCUACAACCCGGGGCAGUACUCGUACACGCCCAUGGCGUCGAGCUCGCUGGACGACUCGCUCUACUUCAUCAAGAUGACCGGGAUCAAGGUCGCGGGCAAGCCGCUGUCCGUGUCGUCGUCGGCCUACUCCAGCCUGCCGACGAUCAUCGACUCCGGCACGGUGAUCACGCGCCUGCCUACGGGCGUGUACUCGGCGCUCAGCAAGGCGGUGGCGGGCGCCAUGAAGGGGACGCCCCGCGCGUCGGCGUUCUCCAUCCUGGACACGUGCUUCCAGGGCCAGGCGGCGCGGCUGCGCGUGCCCGAGGUCACCAUGGCCUUCGCGGGCGGCGCGGCGCUCAAGCUGGCCGCCAGGAACCUGCUGGUGGACGUGGACAGCGCCACCACGUGCCUGGCCUUCGCGCCCGCCCGGAGCGCCGCCAUCAUCGGGAACACGCAGCAGCAGACGUUCAGCGUCGUCUACGACGUCAAGAACAGCAAGAUCGGGUUCGCCGCCGGCGGCUGCAGCUGAGAAGCGACACCUACAUACACGCGCAUGCACAGACCGACUCGGUAACUAAAACUAAAACGAACAGCGCAUGCAUGCAUCUACCGUCCGGUUUCGUCUGAAACCAUCAUUAAUUUCGAUCGUCCACUCCACGCACAGCAAGUUCUUUACGGAGCUUGCCGCAUAUGAUAUGUACAUGGUGACAAGAUAAGGUACAGGAGAAUUGAUG